UUAAAUAAACGUAAACGAAAUAAACAUUCAAAUGUACCUAUUGAUUUUGAUCGUUUACAAACGGCGGAAUCUCAACAUUCAAAUUCAAAACUUCAAUCAUCAAUUUAUAAAAAUCUUAUGCAAACAUUAAUUAGUCGUCAAGCUAUACGUCAUAACAUUCAUAAAACACAUUUAGAUAUUGAUUGGAUGCCUGUAUCACAAUUAAAACGUGAAACAUUAGAAAAAGCACGUGAUUUAUUAAUAUCAUUAAAAGAUGUUUUAGAAAAACAAAAUGAAAAUAAUUCUCCAACAAAAACGCCGGAUCAAAAAAAUGAAUUAUAUUUAAUUAAACAAUCAAUUUAUCAAUAUACAAAUGAAUAUUAUACAUUAAUACCAUUAAAUGGUUAUUCCGAGGAAAAAUUACCUAUUAUUGACAAUAUAGAGGCAUUAAAAGCACAAGAAAAAGUACUGGAUGAUUUAUUUGAACUUGAAUUAUCCUAUAAAAUGUUAUUAGGUGCACAGGCGAAUUUAAAAAAUAUUUCACCAUUAGAUUAUUUAUAUAAAUCAAUUAAUUGUCAAUUUGAAGCUAUGAAUCGAGAUGAUAUUGAUUCGCAAUUUAUUUUACGUUAUAUAUGGGCUAGUGAACCUACUAUAGAUAUUGAACAAAUAUUUAAAAUUGCUCGACCAAAUGAAGAUGAACGAUUGAGAAAACGUAAUUUAAAUAAUCAUUAUUUAUUAUGGCAUGGAACGAGUAUUUGUAAUUUAAUUAGUAUACUUACUCGAGGUCUUCUUGUUGGCUCAUUAGUAGCAAAUGCAACUGGAAGUUUAUUUGGAAAAGGAAUUUAUACUGCCGAUGUAUUUAAAAAAAGUCUUGGUUAUUGUUCCGGUGUUAAACAAAAUGAUAAUGAACGAUGUUUUAUGCUUUUAUGUGAAGUUGCUUUAGGUAAUAUUAAAGAAGUCGGGGCAAGUCGUGUACAAACCAAUGAUGAUGAUGAUGAUGAGGAAGAAGAUGAUGACGAAGCUAAAGAUGAUGAUGCAGUACUUGAUUUGAAAAAAUAUCAAAGUCGAAAAGGUGUUGGUCGAUCUAUACCCGAUCCCAAACAUACAAUUGUUCGAAAUGAUGGUGUACAAAUUCCACUUGGUCAAUUAAUCGAUAACAAAAAUUAUGGUGGAAAUUAUUAUGGUGGUCUUAAUCAUAAUGAAUAUAUUGUUUACGAUGAAUCACAAGUUGCUAUUCGUUAUUUAGUACAAUUCCGUCGUUAA